UCUAUUAUAGGAAAUAAUACCAUUCGCAUCGCAAAAAAUUGGACUGCGCACUCAUAACUGCGAAAUUUGUGCGAUCUGUCAAAUCAGUAUAAAAUCUGACGGUUUUCUACACGCUAACCGCUUUUCAGUUAAACUUUAUACGGAUAACUCCGACUGCAAAACAAAGCACGAUAUCCAACAUUCAAUGAAUGAUCGCUACCGUGUCGUCGAACUCUAAACUUAAUUAAACAACUACAGGUUUUCAUUUUUUUUCGUGAAUUUGUCCGCUGAUUGAACCCAUCGCAAACAGGUUUUUUUAUUAUUCAUUUUUCCGUGAUUUUGACCGCUGAUUGACCAAGCUCAAGGCAAACACAAUUUUUUGUUUUAUAAAUAUUUGGUAUACAUGUUUGUUUGACAACUUUUUAUUAAAUCAUCUUUCAAUGUUUUCCGCUUGUUCAUCCGAUUUAAUUUCAGUCGAUAAAUAAUCCUUAUGUAGAACAAUGCUAAUUUUUUUCUUGAAUACUGUAAUUUUUUUUACAGUGGUACCCUACGGGAGCCCAAAUCAGCUAUCGCAGAAAUAGAAAAAAAGAGUGGAUCAGCAAUAUUCGAAAGAUUUGUCGAUACUUCUUUGUUUACAUCGAUAAAUCGCGCCAAAUCCGCUUAAAAUAUCAAAAAGUUGUUACCGUACAUGUUUGAAAAGUUAAAAUUUUAAAAAAGUUAAGUGAACUUCGCACUUUAGCAUACUUUUCAAAACUUCUAACAAUAUGCCAGAGCCAAUGGAAACUCCGCAGAAAGUUGAAGAUAAGUUUGAUCCCGAGUCGCUUCAGGAUUUGCUGCCAAUCUACUACAAACGUCUGUUUCCGCAUCUGCAGUUCUACCGAUGGAUGUCCUACGGGUUAUCGGAGGCUUCGGUGUUCACCAACCGAGAGUUUUCUUUCACGCUACAGGACGACAUCUACAUCCGGUAUCAAUCGUUCGAUAAUCAAACGGAUCUGGAAAAGGAAAUAUGCGCAAAGAGUCCGUUCAAGAUCGAUAUCGGUGCCGUGUAUAAUGUUCGACCGAAGGAUCAUCGAGCCAGUACCGUGAUGAAACCGGUCCAGCGAGAGCUCGUUUUCGAUAUCGAUAUGACGGAUUACGAUGAAAUUCGAACGUGUUGCAAUGAGGCGAAUGUUUGUCCGAAGUGUUGGAAGUUCAUGACCAUUGCUUGCAAAAUCAUCGACGCUGCACUGCGUGAGGAUUUCGGGUUCGAACAUCUGCUGUGGGUUUUCAGCGGUCGGCGAGGAAUUCAUUGCUGGGUCAGCGAUAAGGCUGCUCGACAUUUGGACACUAAAGGGCGGUCCGCGGUGGCUGAGUAUCUCCAUAUUCUUAUAAGUGGAGGCGAAGGAUCAGUUACCAGAGUCAGUCUUGGAGAUCGAGUGCAUCAUGCCAUUAAACGAGCACACAAAAUAAUCGAACCUCUAUUCGGAGAGAUUUGCCUGGUCGAUCAGGAUAUGUUUGCAACUCCGGAAGGACUCCGGAAACUAUUAGCUAUGGUUCAGGAUGAAGGAAUCCGGUUAGAGCUGGACAAAAAGCUGAAACCAUUCGAGGGUAGCUCCAAAGCCAUCUGGAAGGCUUAUACAGAUUUUUUCGAAGCCCUUCGAGUAUCGGGUCAAAACAAGGGUCGGAAAUUGAAAUACAUAAUCGAAGAGACACAAUUGGCCUUCACCUAUCCAAGAAUCGAUAUCAACGUAAGCAAAGGUUUCAACCAUUUGCUGAAAUCACCCUUCUGUGUUCAUCCUAAAACUGGAAAAGUGUGCAUCCCCUUCAAUCCGAACGUGGCAGACAAAUUCGAUCCCACUCAGGUUCCAACUAUCACGGGUCUGUUGAACGAGGUCAAUGCGUUCGAUGAGAAAAAUACGGGCGACGGGGAGGAAGAGCGAUCUCGCAUCAAGGAUUACAAGAAGACCAGUAUGUUCAAGGGAACGGUGAUUUUCGAGGAGUUUCUACGAAAGCUGGAGCAAACGUUCAAAGGGAAAGCUAUCCUAGCCAGUGAUAAGAAAAUGGAGUUCUGAUCCAAUAUUAAAGGGUUUUAAUUAAG